AUGAUAGUAUAUAAUAACAAUUAAUUUAGACUAUUACACAGCAUUUCUUAGCCAUUUAUCGCUUGCUGUGAUCAAAUUCAUACUUUAGAUAGUUAAAUUGAGUAAAAAAAACACAUAGCAAACGAAGAAUAAUCCAUCAAUCAAUAUUAUAAAUGCAAUUCUUAUGAUUACCAUAGUUAAAUCAUAUAUGAACCUGAGUACUUUUUAAAUACUUAAAUCCCAAAUGAAGACAAUUCAAGCAAUCAAAUCAAUUAACACUCAAAUUUAAUAGACUAUAAUCGUAGCAAUCCCUUAGAUUUUAACUCAAAUAAUAUGAAUUAAGAUGAAUCGAGCCAAUAACAAAAUUGUUUUAAUGACUAAAAAGAAUUUUUGAAUAAUAAAAAUAUGCAUUUAUGUGCAAAAAACCAAAGUAAUUAAUAAGAUGAUGAAAGUAAACAUGCUAAACCCAUUUAGUAGACAUUUUAAAAUGGUUUUGAAGGUGAAAAAAGAAUUUAAUAUUACAAAUAUAAUGGUUUAGAAUUAAGUUUUGAACAGACUGAAGCAGAUUACAGUUCUACUAUUUAAAAAUCAGACAGCAAUAAUAAUAGGUUUUAAUUAGAGACAGCUGAAGAAAAUUAAUCAGCUUGCGUAUAUCAAAAUUAAGAAAACAGAAGUAAAUAAACCUAAAAUAGCCUUAAAAACAUUGUAUAUGCUUUUUUGAAGCACUUUAAGCAAUUGAAGGAUUUUAAAAUGGGGAUGGAAUUAUCAAGAUAUUAGUUCUCAAAUUUAAAGAAACAGCUUGUAAAAUAUAUGAAAUAACACUCGUUUAACUAUUCUGUAGUAAAAUAUUUAAUUACCCAUAAAAUUUAUAAAUUGUUGCUGAUGGAUUUUUUGUUGAAUGAUAGCUAUGAGUGGUUAAGUAAAUCAAAAGUGAUGGAUAAACAAAAUGUUUAAGAAAAAAUUUUAUUCUUAAAAAACUGCAUCAUUGAUCAAAAGCAUUUAGAAGAGUUAAUCAAUUAUUGA